CUCCAAGACGGCUGAGCCACCCGCUCUCUUCCGGUCCUCACAACGCCACCGGGGUGGGGAGAAGCGAGCGGAAGGGAGAGCCACGGCGAUGGCGGGCGUCAGCUGUCACUUCCUCCCCUCGCCGGCGCCGACGAGGCCGCUGCGCUCCCGCCCGAGCGUCCCCGCCGUCAGUGGCUGCGCCAGCGCCCACCGGCCGCCGGCCAGAGUGCGAACUCGGGUCAGUUGCUGCUCUAAACCCAACAAUUCGGAGGAGGAUUGCGCGAGCAGCGAGUCUCCCUGCGAUGCCAAGGAAGAAGAAAGUAUUAGCUCCAGACGAAGAUGUCUGGCUUGCCUAUGUGCUGUAACAUUAAUCAGUGCAUCAGGCCCAACGUUUUAUGCGCCAAAAGGGUUUGCUGCGGAUAUGACGACCAAGCCUGGUGUACAAAAAGCUGUAUGCAGAAAUUGUGGUGGCGGCGGUGCUAUAAUAUGUGACAUGUGUGGUGGCACAGGAAAAUGGAAGGCCCUCAACCGAAAGAGAGCAAAAGAUGUUUAUGAAUUCACAGAAUGCCCAAAUUGCUAUGGCCGCGGGAAGCUGGUGUGCCCAAUUUGUCUCGGAACCGGCGUGCCCAACAACAAAGGACUCCUGCGGCGACCGGGCGCCAAAGAGCUGCUGGACAAGAUGUACAAUGGCAAGCUAUUGCCGAGCUCGUAGAUACAUAGCAUCUUCAGUACUGCAUAGCCAGGAGUAUAGGGCCACAUAUUGAAAGCAGACGGUUUUCGCGUCGGUGUAAUACUGUAAUUUGAGAGUCGCAUUAGAUCUACGGAUGUAGUACGGGUUUUUUUGCGAGACACACAAGUAAAACUUGUAUGAUUUUGUUCAAGUGUCGGAUCGGAUGCAAUUAUCUGUCUAUAUGUGUAGUAAAACAGAGACCAUGGACAUGCAAUUAUCUGUCUAUAUGUGUUUCUCCGUGGA